AUGGCGAACAUGGACGACACCUCUAAGCCUCUCCGAUAUGUUGAUAUCGGUAUCAAUCUCAGUGACCCGGUGUUCCAGGGCAAAUAUCAUGGAAAGGAAGCUCAUGAAGAUGACUUGGACGAUGUGAUCCAACGCGCUCGUGAUGUCGGCUGCGCAAAGUUCAUGGUGACCGGGUCGGACCUAAUCGAGUCGCAGCAUGCCGUUGACAUUGCCAGCAAAUACCCCGGCUUCUGCUACGCAACCGUCGGCGUUCACCCAUGCCAAGCAAAGCAUUUCGACACGCACCCGGGCGGCGCAACCAAAAUGCUAGAGGAGCUGCGCACCCUAGCCAUCUCAUCAAGAGAUUCCGGACGAGCAGUAGCAUUUGGUGAAAUCGGACUCGACUACGAUCGACUAUUUCUCAGCGCGAAGGAGCCGCAGCUCAAAUAUUUCGAGGCCCAGUUAGACCUGGCGGUCGAGCUUCAAAUGCCGCUGUUCCUCCAUUCCCGAGCUGCCAGUGAAGACUUUGAACGACUUCUUGCGCCCAGGCUGGCGAAGCUUCCUAAGAGGGGACUUGUGCAUAGCUUUACGGGGACAUUGGAGGAGAUGCAGCGGAUGGUGGACCUGGGUCUGGACGUUGGGAUUAACGGAUGUAGCAUGAAGACUGAGGAGAAUCUGGAGGUUGUGAAAGCUCUCCCUUUAGAUCGGCUGCAGAUUGAGACUGAUGGUCCCUGGUGUGAGAUCCGGCCGUCGCACGCCUCGGCAAAGUUCCUGGACGGGGCUCCGGAAAUGCCCAAGGCCGUUAAGAAGGAGAAGUGGCAGAAGGGCUGUAUGGUGAAAGGACGGAAUGAGCCUGUGGCCAUUGCACGGGUGGCGCAUGUCAUUGCCAAGGUGAAGGGCAUCACGGUGGAAGAAGUGUGCGAAGCGGCUUGGAAUAACUCCAUUCGAAUGUUUGGACUUGGUGAGGAGGCUUCAUAG